ACAUUCUAGAAUGGGAAUUUCUUCUUGAAGCAAAUUUACUCAAUUUAUGCAACAAAUAAAAAUGAAACAAUGCAAGCUGUAAAAGCAAAAUUACUGCUAUAAAGAUAAGAAUGACUACUUUUACACGGCUUUACCAUUGCUGAGUUUUGCCGUUGCUCAUUCACAGAAAGCCCAUAGUUUUAUGAAUUGUGUAUAUAAUUACAGAUAUAUGCUCAGCUUAUACUAAUUGCGUUGGGUUAAUCUAAAAAAUGAGCAGAUUCCGGCGAUUCCACGUGGUUGAGUGCCACCCUCCAAAAACCCUCUUCCUCAACACUCCUUGCUUCCCUGCAUUCCCCAUUUUCGAAGACGAGCUUCAAUUUCACGAUUCUCCCUCCUUUUUCUUCGAUGAAUUUGACACUCUCACUGAAUUGAUCCAGAUCGAAACUGCUCCCUUCCGUCGUGUCGGACUCGGCGAGCUGCAGCUGCAAGCGCUAUGCGAUCGUGUCUCCGAUUUGGAGAUGGGAUUCGAGCGGCUCCAGAGGGAGGAGAAGGUCAAGAAGAAGAAGAAGAAGUUCGAGCAGAAGAAGUACUCAUGGACGGCCGAGAUGGAGACCGAGGAGAAGCACCGGAAGUACGAAUGGAGUACCGAGAUCAAGGGCGGCGAGGAUGAGAAGAAGAGCUACAAAUGGACGGCGCGGAUUAAAGGGAAGGGUUGCCCCGAGCGAACUUACACGGUUGAGAUCUCCAGCGGCGGCAAAUGCGCGAAGCAGAAGAAAAACAAAGUGAAGGAGAAUGGUAAAUCUGCUGCUCGUACCAUUCAGAUUGAAGAACCCUCUGAUCAUGGCGCCAUUGUCUUGAGACAGGCUUUCACUAAGAGGUUGGCGAAGAAAAAGGGAAAGACUAAAGAGUUGUCUCCACAAGAUGCAGCUGCAUUAAUUCAGAUGAGUUUCCGAGCUUAUCUUAUCCGAAGGUCUCAGGCUCUACGUGCACUUCGCGAGCUGGCAAUUGCUAAGAACAAGUUGAAGGAAAUCAGGAGUUUGUUCAACAAUUUCUCAUAUCGCCACCGUAUUUCCCGUGAUGCAGAAGAGCGUCAAAGGUUCUCUGAGAAAAUCAUUGUUCUGCUUCUCACUGUUGAUGCCAUUGAGGGUGCAGAUUUGAUGGUUCGAGCUGCAAAAAAAUCUAUGGUGGACGAGCUGGAAGCGAUGCUCGAUGUUGUGGACCCUCAACCUCCAGGAAAACCGUCGUUGAUGAAGAGGAGAACUUUUGAUAUGCCUGAUGGUGUGAUCAACUAGGAAGUUGCUGCAGGUGUUGCAAAGGUGAUUGAAAUGCUUGAUGAGGAGUCGACUGCUUCGUGAUAAUAACAUUUCAAUUCCAGAUUUCUAUAAUUUCGUGUUCAGCUUUGACCCCAUGUUGUAAGUUCGUAUCUGUAAUUUGCCUAUAUCUAAUACUCCCUCCGUCCCAAUAAAAGUGACCACCUUUCCA